AUGAAACACAGCUCGAUCCUGCUUUUGCAGCUCCUUCUGGGGACAUGCUCAGCUUACACCUAUCAAAACGUGGCCUUGCGUGGAAAAGCGACCCAGUCAAACAGUUUAGAGCACGCAUUGGGAUCUGCCUACAAUGCUAUUGAUGGAAACCGUAAUUCUAACUACCCAGCUGGAUCAUGCACCCACACUAUUGGACAGACCAACCCCUGGUGGAGAGUGGACCUGCUGGAGUCCUACAUUGUCACUUCUGUCAUCAUCACCAACAGAGGAGACUGCUGUCCUGAAAGGCUCAACGGGGCAGAGAUUCACAUCGGCAACUCUUUACAAGACAAUGGUGCUGCAAACCCAGUGGUUGGUGUGAUUUCCCAUAUUCCAGCAGGCAGAUCUUUAAAAAUGGCUUUCACCACAUUGGUGGAGGGACGUUAUGUGACUGUGAUUGUACCUGGUUCAGGAAAGUACCUUACACUCUGCGAAGUUGAAGUCUAUGGGUACCGUGCCCCAACCGGGGAGAAUCUGGCACUCCAAGGAAAAGCUACACAGUCGUCACUGCAUUCUAUAGGCAUUCCAUAUAAUGCCAUAGAUGGCAACCGUGCCAGCAACUGGAAACAGGGCUCUUGUACUCACACAAGCAAAGAAUUAAACCCCUGGUGGCGACUGGACCUGGGCAAAACCCAUAAAGUGUUUUCUGUUAAAAUAACCAACUACAAAAAUUUUUCCUUACGACUUAAUAGGGCUGAGAUCCGAAUUGGAGAUUCUCUUGACAACAAUGGCAACAACAAUCCCAGGUGUGCUGUGAUCUCAAGCAUCACUGGAGGUUUCACCGCAAACUUCCCAUGUAACGGAAUGGAUGGUCGCUUUGUUAACAUAGUCAUUCCUGGAAGAGCUGAGUAUCUGAGCUUGUGUGAGGUGGAGGUGUAUGGCUCCAGACUGGAUUAGGUCUGAGGAUUUUUAAGAUUUAUAAUAAGGCCAUUUCACAUUGCAGCUGAUUACAUGAUUCUCUUGUACAGACCCACGUUGUCAUAGCUUAUGCUUCACUGGGGGUCACCAGGGGUCUUUGAGGAGGUCACAGCCAGUUCCCAGCUAAAAGGGGAAUCAUAUAGGGUUAGGUACCCUAACCCUUAUUUUCACUAUAAUUCCAUCCAUGAGUAACACAGUGACAGAACGUAUGACUAUUUUGAUGAUGGGUUUCAUACACUUUCUGUAAUAAAACUUCAAAAAGCCCAAAUCCUAUCAGAUGGGCAAUCCUGGGACAAAAUCUCAUCAAAUGGGGGUCAGUGGUCUAAUUUGUGGCAGUUUAGCAGUCCUUGACGUGAAAAACCACUGGCUUAAAGCAUAUAUUAAAGUUGCAUUAAUACAUUUUACCACUAGGUGAAAGAAUGACUCAUUUGGAGUCGUUUUAUGUCAGCCUGAUCCAACCUGUCUCCUUUCACCUCUGGUAUGGCAUCCACCACUUAGAAGAAUAUCUGGUUCUUUAGCUACCAGAUGUUCCACUUUGAUCAUCAGCUUAGCUGCUAACUUUGACUUCUGCUUUGUGCUGGUAGCAUACAGUGGGUUUUCACUGAAAGCAGCCUGUCUUGAUAGGAGCUAAGAAAUGAACCAUACAUUUGUGUAAAAAAAGAGCUAUGUUGGUGAUGAUUGUCUGUGUUUUUGUCACUAUGAAAGACACCCUGGACAUUACACAUAAUUGUCUCCUUCUGUCCUAAUGAUUUUGUUUGUGCUUGCUUGUGAUAUCAAUCCUUUAUUUGAUGUUUGUUUAUUUUCAUAUAUAUACUUCUGUUCAUAUUUGAUCUUUUUGCGUUUGAUUUCUAUUUAUUUUAUCCCUUAAAUGAACCUAUUAGUUAUUUACAUAUUUAUUUGUUUGUUGUAUUUUAUUUUUGCUGUCAAGCACCUUGCAUUGCAUUUAAGCACAAAAUGUGCUAUGUAAAUAAAGUUAGAUUGAUUGAUUAAUUGAAUAAUUUUACUGUAAAUGGGUUAUGCUACAUGAGAACGAUUUUGUAAGACGUCCAACUACGUCAGAAAUCAAAAGUAUUUAUAUUUAUUCAGAUCAACCAUACCUGAAGGCAGGGUGAAAAGUCGG